AACAAAAAUUAUGAAGAGAACGAGAGAAAAAAAUUGUACUAUGUAAUCUACCUAGGGAUUGAGGGAGUAUUAUGUUUUUAGCCAACGAUUCCAAAUCGUUCCGUUUCCCUCUACGCCUCCGCAAGUUGUCGGUAAAUCCACCAAAAUCAGAUCAAGGGUUUUCAACUAAGACGGCUAUGGCGAGGAGAACGUGCGGAUGGUCUUCCCCGUCUACUCCGAACAAGCGGCGGCUCUAUGAUAGUUUCGAUUCCGGCGUUUUUCUCUCCGAGGGCGAGGACAAAGACGAAAUGAUCUCUGCUGAGAAGGAUGUAAGUUUUGAAGAUGAGGGAAACAUGGACGAGGAGAAGGAUCUCCGUCUUGCAGACAAAGGUAAGGAACCCAUCACAGUUGAAGAAGAGGGGGAGGACUGGGAAGACUGGACAAGACUUUUUCAGGUUGGGGAUGGAGAUGUAUGGGAGACUAAAUCCUUCUCCAAGUAUGGCAAACAGAAUUGGGCUUGUUUUUAUUACUAUUUCGAUGACGACUUUUACAGACUACCUAGAGAUUAUUUCAAGCCUGGGGAGGAUCCCCGUUCCAGAAGCAGAUCCUUUAUGUUAAAGAUGGGCCAUUCGUUGACGUAUGAACUACUCUCAAACGAUUUCUGGAAAGCUAGUUAUGGUGCCAAAAUAGCCAUUGUGUUUUUAAAUAAAGAAAACAAGAUGGGAAAAACUUUUAAGUUUGAAUCACUCUCCAAGCUAAGCAUCGGUAAAAGAAGUCACCAACCUUCGGGUACUAUAUACUUCAUUACAUUUGUGGCAACUGAAACUGAUUCUGGGUUGGAGAGAGAAUUCCAAGCUUCAUUUCUUCGGCCUUAUACACACCGGAACGUUUGGUGUUUGAGGGCCUUGAGGGAAAAACCAUAUGUUUUUUGAGGGCAAAUAUAAGACUUGCUAGUGGAUGAUGGCAUGAAGACCCUGCUCCAAGUUUGAAAGGACACAAGAUUUUGCUGCGUGUGGAAGGAAGGAAACAAGAUUUUUUGCUGUUGACUUCUAAUUAUAGUGUCCAUCAAAGCUCUUUUUGUUGCAACAUCCUCUAUGAAACUUGUAGAGUCUGGUUGAUUUUUACUCUGUAUUUAUCUUUUGUGCUGAGUUUUGGGCCUCAAGAAUUUGGCAAAUAGAAUAUCCAAGGGAUAUGCUAAAUCCCAAAAAUUACAUUUACGGCUACGUUAUAUGAUAUCUCCACUUAUAUGUAAACAUAGAUUACAAAAAAUAUCAUAUUUUGAAAUUGUUAUAAAUGAAUGGAAUGAUAUUAAAUCUGUAUCAUAACU